AUGGGCCUGGGGUCGGACCAAUUAAGGGCGUCCCUAGAGCCACUUUAUGGAUUUACUAGAGAUGCGGUGAUCCCCACAAAACGCAUCAGCCUCCCACUUACAAUUGGGGACUCAGACCGCCAAGCCAUUAUGAUGACGAACUUCUUGAUCAUUGACUCCCCUUUCACGUAUAAUGUUGUCAUGGGGAGACCCGCCAUGAACGAUUUGAAUUUGGUCAUCUCAACAAAAGCGUUUACCGCCAAAUUCUCAACUCCGAAUGGGACUGGAUGCAUCAGAGGCGAACAAUAUUCAACGAAAUGUUGUUAUGAGGAGGCUCUGAAAAUGGGAUUCAAAGGAAAUAAAGUCAACAUUGUCUCACGAGGAGGAUCACAAGGUGUAAGCGAGAAAGUAGUCAGUCACGACCUGGAUCCACGCGAGGUGGAUUGUGACCAAGCUGUAGGCUUUGUAGGCGAGCUGGAUGAGGUUGUGGUUAGUAGCACUGAUGCCGAAAUGUGUCUUAAGCUAGAUGUUUUCGCUUGGAACCACGAAGAUAUUGUAGGGAUAAAUCUGGAUGUGAUGAUGCACCAGCUCAACAUAGAUUCCAACCACAAGCCGGUCUGCCAGAAGAGAAUGCCUAUGAUUACAGAGCAUUAUGCGGUCUUGAAAGAAGAAGUGAGUAAACUGUUGGCGAACAAGUUCAUCAGAGUAGCCUAUUACCCGGUCUGGUUUUCCUUUACCAGAAUAGACCAGCUUGUGGAUGCAACGGCCGAUCACCAGCUCCUCAACUUCAUGGACGCUUACUCGGGGUAUAAUCAAAUUCCAAUGAAACCUGAAGAUGAGGAGCACACCUCAUUCAUUACAGAUCGAUGGUUAUACUGUUACAAGGUAAUGCCUUUCGGAUUAAAGAACGUUGGAGCGACCUACCAGCGUUUGGUUAACAUGAUGUUCAAUGACGUGAUCGGACGAACCAUGGAAGUCUAUGUGGAUGAUAUGCUAGUAAAGUCCCAGCAAGUGGAUGACCAUGUUCACAACCUGGAAGAAAUGUUCCAAAUCUUGAGGAAAUAUUAG